CAAAAAAAUGUUAUUAAAUAUUUUAUGAAGGUGGAAUAUUUCAUGAUUGCGCUACGCAUGAUAUGGAUAUGAUCUGUUGGAUCAUGGGAGAAGCGCCCUCUACCAUCAUUUGUCAAGCGCAUUCUUUUAUUCCUGAGAUUGGUGCCUUGAAUGAUGUUGAUCAGGUUGGAAUCAUGAUGAAGUUUCCAAGCGGUGCUAUCGCUCAGGUUGAUCUUAAUCGCAAUGCUUUUUAUGGAUAUGACCAGAGACUUGAGAUUUUUGGUUCCAAAGGUAUGCUAGAAACUAAGAAUGAGCAUCAGACCCUGGUCAACAUGCAUGGUGUGAACGGAGUGGGUAGUGGGUGCAUCAAACGUUCGUUCCCUACACGAUACAAGGAUUCCUACAUCCUCGAAUUUGAACAUUUUCUAAAUGUGUUUAAAG